AUGUCAACAACUACCGUCAUCCAGGAGAUCGCUGAAGCGACCAACGAGUCCUACACAGUGAAGGACCUGAUUGACUUCAGCGACCGCCACUACGGCGAUUGGCGAGAUGAGUUCCACAAGAACGGCUGCGUUGUUAUCAAGAACGUGAUUAGUCCCGAACGGGCCAAGUACUACUGCGAUAAGCAGAUCGAGUGGCUGAAGAGCUUCGACCUUGGGUUCGAUGAGAAUGAUGAGAGUACCUGGACUACUGAGCAUCUUCCUAUCAGCUUCAAGGGAGGCAUGUACUAUGGCUACGCAGCACCCCAUGAGAAGAUAGCUUGGGAAGCUCGAACAGAGCCAGCUGUCAUCGAGAUCUUCGAGAAGCUCUGGGAGACCAAGGAGCUACUCAGCUCUUUUGAUGGCAUGAACAUCUCCCUUCCCCGUCGGAAGGAUGUCAACUGGAGUCCCUGGCCACACUGUGAUCAGAACCCCAACCGGAAGGGCAUGCAAGCAGUGCAAGGCCUAGUCAACUUUGCCCCCAACGGCCCCAAGGACGGCGGUCUUAUGCUCAUGAAAGGCUCUGCCAAACUCUUCGAUGAAUUCUUCGCUCAGGACCGUGACCCCUACGACCACGAGGAUGCUCCGCCACCGGAGAUGAAGUACAUGGACCUGUUCCUUUUCCACCAGAGGGAUCUCAAGUGGUUCGAGGACCGCGGCUGCGAGCUCAUCAAGGUUAAUAUGGACCCUGGUGACUUGGUCCUCUGGGAUUCUCGGACCAUGCAUUAUGCCUGUCUGCCCGAAGGUGACCAGAUCCGUCACGUCCAGUAUGUCUGUAUGACGCCGAAGCGAUUUGCGACCGAGAAGGCCCUGGAGCUGAAGAAGUAUUGUUUCGAGAAUUACAUGGGAACUACCCACUGGCCUCACUGCAAUAUCCGCCCAUCUACAGACAAGCCGAUGAGGAAUGGAAAGGUUUGCCCUAAGGAUCGGACUGAGCCUUAUGAGAAGCCAGAAUUAACUGACACCGUGCUCAAGCUGGCGGGCGUCAAAGAUUACUAG